AGUGAGAGGGAGGCAGAUUCACGGUGUGUGUUUCAGAGAGAGGGAGAUUAAAGCCCAGGCGAAAGACUGUAGUGAAACAGCUUAAAUAGAGAAGUGAACCUAUACAUCCUCUCCUAUUUUCCUUGCCAUCCCUUUCCUCCUCCUUUUCCUUCUCCUCUUCCUCUCCCAAUUUCCAGCGAUCGCAGGACCGCCUGAGCUACUGCCACCUGCACCUCCUCUUCCUCUUCUUCCUCCUCUACCUCACCCUUAUCACGCAUUACUAUCUGAUAACCAGCCGCCGGCGGACACGCGGCUCCUACACGGCUUUUAAGCACUUGUGGAAAUAUUUCCUUUGAUCUGUCAGCCAGAGACUGAGCAUCCACCCCGCGCUGAAGCUCCGGAUCACCGAGACGCUGUCUCGCAAGGAGCUUCCACAAGCAAAGGCAGCCCGUCUCUCAGCUGCUCUCAGCCCCGGCACGCGGACCCUGCCUUCACUCUCCAGAGGACCAGCCAGCGACACAGCGGUGCGGACAGGAAAGAAAGCGAACGCACGAUCCCUCCGCUGCCUCCAUCCCAUCGCUAGCUACUCAGCAGCUUCCCCCCUGUGUCACCGUUCCCUGCCUCAGUGCUAAGGAUUCCAGCUACAUGGGCAAGCGAUUGGAACAGCAGCCAAUGUACCCUCAGUACACCUACUACUACCCCCACUAUCUCCAGACCAAGCAGCCCUAUGCUCCACCCCCUCAUCCCAUGGCUCCUCCCAGCCCCAGCACCAACAGCUGCAGCCAGGGAGGGGCGGAGCAGCUGAGUAAAACCAACCUGUAUAUCCGAGGCCUGCCCCCCGGGACCACCGACCAGGACCUCAUCAAGCUCUGCCAACCGUAUGGAAAAAUAGUGUCAACCAAGGCCAUUCUGGAUAAGAACACCAACCAGUGCAAAGGCUAUGGCUUUGUGGAUUUUGACAGCCCAGCUGCAGCACAGAAGGCCGUGUCGUCUCUCAAAGCCACCGGGGUGCAGGCCCAAAUGGCCAAGCAACAGGAGCAGGACCCCACCAACCUGUACAUCUCCAACCUGCCGGUCUCCAUGGACGAGCAGGAGCUGGAGAACAUGCUGAAGCCCCUCGGCCACGUCAUCUCCACGCGGAUACUUAGGGACGCCAAUGGGGUCAGCAGAGGGGUCGGCUUCGCCAGGAUGGAGUCCACAGAGAAAUGUGAAGUAGUGAUACAGCAUUUCAAUGGAAAAUACCUGAAAACCCCACCAGGCAUUCCAGCCCCCACGGAGCCUUUGCUGUGCAAAUUUGCCGACGGAGGGCAAAAGAAACGCCAGAGCCAGAGCAAGUACCCCCAGAACGGGAGACCGUGGCACAGAGAAGGCGAGACUGGCAUGGCGCUAACAUACGACCCCGCUGCAAUGCAGAACGGGUUCUACUCCUCGCCUUACAGCAUCGCCACCAACCGCAUGAUCGCACAGACCUCCAUCACGCCCUUCAUCGCUGCUUCCCCCGUUUCCACAUAUCAGGUCCAGAGUACGUCAUGGAUGCCUCAUCAACAAUACGUUAUGCAACCUACAGGUGCAGUGAUCACGCCAGCCAUGGACCACACUAUGUCCAUGCAGCCUGCCAGCAUGAUGGGCCCUCUCACCCAGCAGAUGAACCAUCUGUCCCUGGGCACUACAGGAAGUUACAUGACUGCUGCAGCCGCCGCGGCGCCUAUGCAAGGGACCUACAUUCCCCAGUACACUCCUGUGCCUCCAACAGCCGUCCCUGUCGAAGGAGUGGUGACGGACGCCUCCCCCCAGACAGUGGCUCCCUCGUCACAGGAGGUGGCCGGCCAGCAGCAACAGAUCCAGGUGGACAGCGCCGCCGACCAUGUUCCUGCUUACUCAUACCAGUCCAAAUAGCGACGGCCUGGGAGAAUGUUCCUGUGACAGCGUUGCCUUGAGACAGAAGGUGGCUGCACUGAGAAUGUGAGGAAAAGAGAAAAAAGAAAGAGAUUGCUUCCAGAUUGCCCAGGCACCAAAAAAGAGACACUUUUUUCAUUUCCUACCUGGCCUACGAGAAAAAAAAAAAAAAAAGAAAAAGAAAAAAAAAAACGCGAGAGGAGAGUAAGAGCGCAGAGGAAGGGGAUGGGGAAAUUGCUGGGCACAGUGCAAAGAAGUGAAAUUGUUUAGUCUGGGAACCUGCCUGAAGGGCUGGGCUGAAGCUUGAAAAGUUUCUCAAAGAAAAUUCUCAACCAAGUAAAAGGAGAAAAAAAAGAAUAAAAAAAAUCAAAAUGACAAAAAAAAGAAAAAAAAAUGUUGAAUGCGCAGGUAGGCGAUGAAGUUUAUUUUGUAAUUAGAAAAAAAAAGGGGAGUCAAGUUUGAGAUACACACAGAGAUUGUCUUCCUCAGAUAUUAAGCUACUAUUUCUUUUCACUCUUUUUUAUGUUCUAGUGUUAAAUUUUAGUUUUCUAGAUAUAUUCAAAAACAAAGUGUUUUUUUUUUCUUUCUUGAAUCUUCAUGGCCUUAAUUUGAAGGGCGCCAGAAACUUUUUACAGAGGUAAAGUCUGACGUCUGGUUGGAAAUAAAAGCAAACAAAAUCAGUCUCUUGGACCACAUGGAGGGUGCAAGACACUGGAGGAGUUGAUUUAAAGAGGAAAAAAAAGAAUCUAUCACAUAAGCUGUACAGAUUUAAUAGAGAAGAGCUUUUUUUCUUUUCUUCAUUAGAAGAAAACUUUGAUAAUAAUUAUGUCAGAGGUAACUAAGUGUCAGAAGAAAACAAAAUGUCUGUUGGGGGAAAAAGACUCGGGGGGGAAGAUGAAGCUUUGAAGAGAUUUUUCACAAUGAGGAAAAAAGAAAACAUGAGAAAACACGCUGCAUUGUAGAGGAUGCAGUCUGUUGCAAAUGCUGAACUUGUUUUUUAUUAUCAUAAUUAUUAUUUUACAUGGCAAAGUUGCUGUCGAUGACAUUAGUGCUUUUUAUCUGCGACAUUUUACCUUUUUUAUGAGCUUUAAGAUGUUUUUAGCCCGCUUUGCUUGUCACACUGCAAAAAGAAAAAAAAAGAAAAAAAAAAAAAGAAACAGGAAAAAAAAAAUCUAAAAUGAACAAAAAAAAUCUAUGGAAAAAAUUCUGGCAGUGAAAUAAAAACAGUAGAUACAGUAGGAGCUUACGGUUUAAACCAAUCAGUGCAAAAGCAAUAGAAGAAAUUGUUGACAAUUUCUGUAGUCUUUCCUAGUUGUGGAUCAAAUGCAGCCCAUGGAUGGCCAUUUUUAUACCAAAGAUGAAGAGACACUCUGAACCAGAGUUUUGUUUUGUUUUUGUUUUUGUUUUUGUUUUCCUUUUCUUUUCUUUUUUUUUUUUCAGUUUGAUUUUGUCGUUGUUGAUGUUGAUGUUGCUGUUGUUGUUGAUGUUAAUGUUGAUAUUGUUGUUGUUGUUGCUGUUGUCAUUGUUGUUUUUAAUUUGACCUUGAUGGCCGGACCAGUCCUUACUAUCCUUCUCAACAUUUUUCUUUUCAUCGGUUUUAAGCUACGUUUUCCACGGUUGUCCAAACUGUCACACUCGUACACACACACACACACACACACACGCACACACACACAGAUGCACAACACAACACUUAGAUACACACCCACACGCCUCAAAAACAGUAUUUUAAUGUGUGAUGCAACCAGUGGCAGUUCUACCAAACGUCCCUUUCUUCACCUCUUCUGUUGUCUUUCCAUUUUCUUACACUCACAAUGAUUUCACACACUGGGUGCAUUCCACUUCUCUCUCUCUCUCUCUCUCUCCCUCUCUCUCUCUCUCUCUCUCUCUCUCUAUGUCGAGAGACUAACUAGGAAGCAGAUUGGGGAAUGUUGCUCGCUACACUCUGCAGUUGGUGUGGGUCGCUUUGGGCUUUUUUUUUUUUUUUUUUUUUUUUUGUCGUCUUAGUGAUUUCUAUCCUGAGGCUGUCUCUUUAUCUCGUCGAUUUACCCGUAACAUAGCUAACUCCACGCCGUUCCCAAGCAUACUGAGCUGUAUUGUUGCGCUGGGAAUCUCCCUGCUGGCUGUUUGGCCCAGUUUCCAUCUGUGUUCAUCCAGACAGUACCAAACAUGGGUCAUAUAGUAUGUUUUAAAAAAAAAAAAUAAUAAUUUCUUAAUCAGCCUGCUUGGAUUACCAGACGAGUCAGGUUCUGUGUUUUAGCUGCAUACUUUCAGGUCAGUUGUCGGUCAUGAAAAAAAAAAAAAAAAAAAAACAUAAUUUAAGUCUUUUCCAGUGAUUGCAUAAACUUUCCAGCGCUCAUUAUUUUAUCCCAUGUUGGAAACCCCCACCUAUGUACUGUUGUCAGUCAAGCCCAAAACAAAACAGAGCAUCAAAACCAAGCGGCGUAUAAAACAAGGAAAAAAGGACAUGACAUCACUGCAGAGCCCAAACUGGUGCCAAGUGUGGAAGAAUUUGGUGCGGUUGACAAUGUGGUGAGUGGGUUCGGCUCCCCUCCGUUUAUGCCUUAGGCUACCAGUGAAUUAAGCUAGUUUAUCAGGUUAUUACCCCAGCCAGCAGUUUCAGCUAUUCAAGAUUUGUUCGGCUAUGUUGUUAACUCGCUCACAUUUGACAUACUUGGUUUAUGUAAACUUCCUCAGAUUGGAUUAUUGGACUGAAUGGGGCUAGACCCAGGAUUUUUUGGCUAUAUGCAGAUGCUGGAGGUUUUGUGACCAACAACAAGGACAACAAAUGCACACAUUAAUUAAAAAAAACAAAAAAAAACACCAGUCUGCAUUAUGCUAUGUAGUCAUGUCUCUUUCCUGUCAGAGUCCGAAUAGCAUUGGUAUGGAAGUUUACAGUGGGACUGUCCUUGAAUCGGGAAAUAACCUCAAGAGAUUUAUGUGCAGUGAACUUUGCUUUUGUGCCACAAAUAACCCUGUGGCCCCUGUGGCCCCUGUGACGCGUACUGUCUGACUUGAACAUCCUCCUGAUGAUGUGUCCCAUACUUUGAAAGGGGGGAAUGAGGUGAGGUCAGCACACCUCUGGAACUAAGCAGGUUCCUCACCAGCCAUAACAAGGUGUCGACGGCAACUUCUCCAUCUACCCCACCGCUGAGUAUCAGUCACACCUGGUUGUCCCUAAUGCGGACCGCAAACAACCCCCGUCUCAUUUCCUCCGGUCUCCAUCCCACGGCUGCAUGAGGUUUCUCAAUGACUUCAUCUCUGAGGAUUGUCCCCCCGAAGAAAUUGCUUGUGGGACAGUGGCAAUUUCUGCUCCCAUUACAGCAGCCUGUGUGUGUGUGUCUGCAGCGCUGUGUGUCUGUCCUGUUCGGCCAUGCCCGCCCGCCCGCCUGCCCGCCCUGCCUUGCCGUGGUGCUACAGAGCUAAAAAGACCCCGCUUUUCCCUGCUUCAGUAGCACCAUUAAUGUGGCUCGGCCAGGCCAGGCUCCCCUGCUCUCAUUUUCUCUCUCUGUCAUUCCGUCUCUCACUAUGUCGCUCUCUCCUCCUCUCUCUCUCUCUCCCUCUCCCUCUCCCUCUCUCUCUCUGAGGUUUCUUCUCUUUAUUGGAUGGUGCAGAAGCAGAACCACAAACCAAUUUCAGUCACUCUCGCAAUGAGGCUUGACGGGCCCAAUUUGUCUCCCUCCGGGGCAAUAGGAUCCACUCCAGUGUCCCUCAAAAGACCCCUUUCUUCCAGACAGAGAGGGAGCUUUUUGUUUGGUGACAAUUGCAAUUGAGCUCUUGCACUUCAUGUGACUCAUCCAAAAGUACGUCUGGCAGUGUGCUGCACUUUUUUGGGGGGGGGAAAUGCGGUGCGCAGUGCACAUUGCAGGCACGCUAUGUCAUCAUGCAUGGCGACGUUUAUAAGUAACAAUCAAAUUGUAUUUCGAGUGCCUUUAAUGAAGCUUCCAGAUGAUUCCAAAAUCUUUGUUAUCUGUAUGAUCGUAUUAAAAAAAAACAAACAUAGCAAAGCACAUGGAAGAGCUUGUUUGAACAAGUUGUGCAAACGAAAUGCUACACAAUAUUGAAGCUACUCUACGGUGCUAAGAAGGAAGCUGUUUAGGGCUUGUGCCUUCAUCGUGUCCGCCGAUCUUUGUGAUGCGCUGGCCGUUGUUGAUCACCGGAUCAACAUGAAUUUUAACGGGCCGCCUGUCCGUUUGAAGACACACAAAAGAAACAGGCACACAGGUUCCUGUAGUGAACUGCCCUGUUAAAGCCAUACGUGUGGUGUUUUUUUGUUUUUUGUUUUCAUUUCAUUUCAUUUGCCUCAAGCCGACAGUAACCCACCGUGAAAGUAACUGUUGCGCGUUUUGAAGCCAACCCCACGUCUUCCAUCCACUAACAAAGGUCAAAAGUCAAACUGAGACUCUCUCUCUCUCUCUCUCUCAAGAGCCAUUCAGCUGUUUGUUGUCCAGUCAAAUCAACACCUGUCCUUCCCUCUCAUCCGAUCUGUCAUCUCAUCCUCGCCAUCUGCUUCUGCUCGCCUAGAAGCCGUGAUUUUCUAUUAUCUUCAAAUGAAUUCAUCUCGGCCCCGCUAUGCGCCAGAGCAGCGGACUCAUUUACGCUUUUCCACGUUGCUCAUCAUUGCCGCACGAACUCACCGUACUCCAUUGUUGAAUCCCUUUUUCUCAAGUGUUGUGAUGUAAACAACAGAGCUGCUAUACCAUGACUUGACCAGUUUUAAGCUAGCACAAGUGUGUCAAGAGCUGUUCUGCCCGGCGGUCCGGCUUUUGGGAGCACACAGUAUAGCUAUUACCAAGUUCUCUGACUUUCACAGCUGUUGUUUCAAAGAGUUUGGAAGACAUUAUUGAAGCUAAAUAGGACUCCAAAUCCAGUAGUGGCACAUCAGAGAGCAGAGCGUCCCACACAAGGCCUGCCUGAGAUUCAAUCGUAAUGACAUUAUGGAAAAUAGGAUUACAAAUAGCCAAGAGAUUAUAGGAAAAUGCACAACAAACAACAUCCGCUCUCCGAUUUGCUGUUUGAGAUUCAAGAAAGAAAGAGAUGUUUUAAAUAAGCUCUUGCGUCCGAUGUACAGUACCAAUCUUUCACAGAGAUCUCAAAGAUUACCAAACAAAUAGAAAUGGUUCUUUCUUAAUAGCACAAUGACGUACCUUGACGGCAUACCAAUACCUUCAUGGAAAUGUACAGAAAGCAUGCCUGCAAUUUUAAAGAGUCUGUAGCAGGAACGCUCUGCUCCAAGCCAGCCCAUGUGUCAGCACAAACCAGCAGCCAGCUAUAGAGAGCAGAAGAGUGUGUGUGUGUGUGUGUGUGUGUGUGUGUGUCUGUGGUGUGUGAGUAAGAGAGAGAGAGGGAUCGUUAGCUCCUGUUGCCGGGCAGAAGUGGUCAGAGCCUGGAGUUUCUCCGUCUUCUUGCAGCAGUGUGUGAAAGAGACAGAGAGACGCAGUGCGGUCACCUCGCUUCCCCUCCUCUACAGGUUUCCAGGAGGUGACCAACUGGACAUCUCACUAAUUACUGACACACACUCUUCCUUUCAUUAAUACACACACACACACACACAUACACACACAUCAAUACAGACUCUAUCUUUCUCUCUUUCUCUACACAGACAUUCACUCAUUGAUGUACAUUCACUCACCUUUUGUCUUCAGUUGUAAUUUUUUUUUAAUUUUUUUUUUUUUUUUACAUAGUGUUUCCGUCCCUGUCAGCCAUCCUUUGCAUCAGGUGACGUGCAUCCUCAGCCUCAAGUCAGGAUGUGUCCACGUUAAGCCAGAUCCAUUUGAAAACACAUCUAUUUUUUUGCUCCGUUUUGGCCCUCGAUCCACACCAGGCCAGUGUUUUGCACCGGCACAAAUGCUGCUUCUUGAAAGUGUUUCCGUGUGGACAGCAAGAAAAAAAAAAAAAAAAAAAAAA